AUGUCGAUCAGGGCCAGCUCUGCAAGGUCCAUACCGCAGCUGUUACAGCUGUGGGCGCAAGGGCCAUGUCGGACGACGAUCGGGUGCAGCAAGCCAAACCUCACACUUCCAUACCCUAUUGCAUCGACACCGACGUUCUCAUCCGGUCUGAGGAAUCUGACGACCACACGGCCUCUACGCAGCGAACAGAACGGCGAUGACGAAGCAGCCGAGCGGCAAAUGGAAGAGCGUCGACGCUGGGUGGCACGCUUCCGCGACCUCGCCCUUCGACGAAACAACUUCCACGUAACCUUCUCCCGCUCAUCCGGUCCCGGCGGACAGAACGUCAACAAGCUCAAUACCAAGGCCAACGUUCGACUCGACCUCUCUCAAGCUGGAGCCCACGCGCCCGAAUCGCUCGACGCAUCCCAUCCGCUCAAAUGGCUCACUAAAGAUCUCGUCGGUCGAAUCGCCAAACAGUCGCCUUACUACGUCGCCUCCGACCACUCGCUUCUGAUCACCAGCAUGCGACAUCGAACCCAAGAGGCAAACGUUCAGGACGCACUGGAAAAGAUGCAGGCGCACCUCUUGGAGCUCGCACAAGACGGUCUGGUGGGCGAAACGAGUCAGCAGCAGCGAGGUCGCGUCCGACGUCUGCAGGACGCAGACGCACGCAGAAAGAAGCAGAACAAGAUCAAGCGGGCUGACGUCAAGAGCGGUCGAAAGUUCAAGGGAUGA